AGGAUUUAGAAUUGAAAUAAUACUUCUAAAAAAUAAUGUUCCAGUUUUUAAUAUGUUGGUAUACAUGCAAUCGGCAACAGUGCGUACUUUCAUGGAAAUCUAACCUCAUAAAGUAUUUGGCUCCAUUCAUUGCAUCGAAGCUUUUUUGUUGUUGAAUUUAAUUACCAUCACGAUGAUAAAUUAACAAGUAUGUUCUCAAUUUUUUAUUCACUAAUCAUUCCAUAGCCUCUAAAUAAUUUUUUAAAUCUUAAAUCGUCCUAGAACCCGUAUAAAUAGGAAAUUGAAGCACUGUUAUAGGUUACAUCUACCUCACCUAAAACAUAGCGCCCUCACAUACUAUAAUGCCUUCAAGACUAUUUUGUACGGCUACGGGGCAUCGGUCCAGAGAAAAGGUGGGCGAGCGAAAUGGCGGCUUGGAAUGACGCUGACAACGGCGGGAGCCGAGCGGGGCCGGAAGAGACCGGGCGCCUGGCCCGGAGCUUGCGAGCACCCGGCCCACCUCUGCCUCGUCUGCGCCACCUCGGAGGACGGUUCUGACCGGGGCUGGGACCCGGAGCUGGAGCCGGCGCGCCCCUCCCAGGAGCGCAUGCUUGGCGAGCACAACUACGAGGCCGCCACUGAUGUGGACAACAACCUCACAUGGGGCUUCACCCAGCCGCCCUCCUCGCACUUGCGGCAGCUCUCCCAGAUUCAGCAAAGUAUCCAGGGAACCCGAGACUCCGGCUGGAACUACGCUAACCCCUUGGGUCGAUACGUCGAGCUCUGCGCCGAAGACACCUCGCGUUGCUCCACCGACGUCCAGGAUGUGCUUGAAAAGUACUUUACCGUAACGAGUGUCACAAAUAACUUACCAACUCAGAAAAAGGUAACGGCACGUCGUAUAGCCAAAGAACCCAUCAAAAUUGAGGAGAAAAUUUUUAAAACUGCAAAAGUUGGCAGUGGCCAGAAGGAGGGCUUCAGCCAUGGUGAAAAUACACUGAAACCUGAGAAAAAAGUUUCUCUGCUCGGAAUCCAUCUCCUCCGCGACAAGAAAAUGUUCCUUCUCCAAACGUCAAAUUCUAUCCGAAAAACGGCCACGGAAAGGUACCAGAAUAUCUCCAAGGCUUUCAGGCUGCCCGGGAAAAUGGCGUCAAAUCUAAGGUUCGGCAAUAGUUGCAAACGGAUGUCGUUCUUUCCGAAUGAGGAGCGUCGGGCGGACACGAUCGGGCGGAGAAAUAACUAUGUCGUAUCUCAAGGCAUCCCUCGGAUGAGUCAGCUCGUCCUCGCCAGAGUAUGUGAAGCCCCGGAUCAGUGAACAGCAUAUGAGUAAAACGACCGAACUUUUCAUCCAAAACCUUCACUAGUUCUUCAAAAGUUUCACUGCGCACAACGAAAUCAUCCAAAAAAUUGACCGUGUUUUUAAAUAGCAGAUCUUAGAGUUGACCCAGGGCGAGCUACCUCCGUCCACACAUCGCACUCUCAAAAGACGGUGCCCCAAGACAAAAAAGAGAAGCGAAUGAGAAAGACCAAAAAACUACACUCAGUUCCAAAUUUUUUAGGUAGACAAUCAUGGCUCAUGGCCCUCACAAACAGCAACAAUGAUAGGAUACCUAUACAUAACAUCCCUUAGAGUUGACCCCAACAGAGUUAGAGCGAGCUACCUCCGUCCACACAUCGCAGUCUCAAAAGACGGUGCCCCAAGACAGAAAAGAGAAGCGAAUGAGGAAGACCAAAAAACUACACUCAGCUCCAAAUUUUAUAGCUAGAAAAUCAUGGCUUAUGGCCCUCACAUAACGGCAACAAUGAUAGGAUACCUAUACAUAACAUCCCUUAGGGCAUAUCACAGGGGCAAAACUUAGCCUUCUUACUUAGGGGGCCACUAGAAAAACAAGAUAAUGCAAACUGGGUGCAAUUGGCUCACGGUGACCUCAAGGUGGUCAUGUGUGCGGUUCGGGGGACCAAUAGCACCUUAUUUCCAGAAUCUUAUUUCUCCUCCUCUUUUUAACUAAAUUUUUGAUUUGUUUUAUAAUUUGGUUUCCCUCUUGUCAGUACACUUUUAUUGACACACGUACACAUUGUCCUUAUAAUUAUUAACCUUACAGCCUCUGAUUAAAGUGUAUAAUAAAAGGUA